AUGGAAGUUGAUCCUCAGAACUACGAUGACAUUUCUAUAAAUGAAAAAGAUGUUCCCAACAUUGUUCUCUCAUACCUUAUACAUAACUGCUAUGAAGAAUCCGCAGAGUCGUUCAUUGCCGGCGCCGGGACGACGCGUCCGACAGAUUAUUUGGAUAACAUGGAGAAAAGAAAACAAAUCAUUCACUAUGCAAUGGAGGGAAAUGCACUUAAGGCUAUUGAGCUAACUGAGCAGCUGACACCGGAAAUCCUGGAGAAGAAUAAGGACUUGCUAUUUGACCUUUUAAGCCUUCAUUUUGUAGAGCUUGUCCGCUCUAGGAAAUGCACAGAAGCUUUGGAGUUUGCUCAGACCAAGUUGAGCCCUUUUGGAAAAGAGGCAAAAUAUAUGGAAAAACUUGAAGAUUUUAUGGCCCUUCUUGCUUAUAAGGAACCAGAGAAUUCUCCAAUGUUUCAUUUACUUAGCUUGGAUUAUCGUCAAGAGUUUGCAGAUAAUUUGAAUCGAACUAUCCUUGCUUACUUUAACCUUCCCAGCUACACAGCAAUGGAGAGGCUUGUACAGCAGGCGACAGUAGUUAGACAAUGCUUAAAUGAGGAAUCUGGAAAGGAUGGGCCUCGACCAUUUUCUUUGAAAGAAUUUCUUAAAAGGCGAUGA